CAGCACCGCCCCCGCUGCGGCGGGUGAGGGGCGGGGCGGGGCGCGGCAUAUAUAAGGCGAGGGGCGGGCGCCGCUCUUUUGUCUCUUGCUGCAGCAACGCGAGUGGGAGCAUCAGUCGCCGGGCUCGAGGCGGAACUCCACGGAUCGCUUUAAGAAAAUGGCAGACAAGCCAGACAUGGGGGAAAUCGCCAGCUUCGAUAAGGCCAAGCUGAAGAAAACGGAGACGCAGGAGAAGAACACCCUGCCGACCAAAGAGACCAUUGAGCAGGAGAAGCGGAGCGAAAUUUCCUAAGAGCCUAAAGGAUUCCCCACCCCCGUCAUCUUCGAGACACCCUAGUCGUGGAGGAAGAGCCACCUGCAAGAUGGACACGAGCGACAAGCUGCACUGUGAACCCGGGCACUCCGUGCCGACGCCACCGGCCUGUGGGUCUCUGAGGGGACCCCCUCCAAUCGGACUGCCAAAUUCUCCGGUUUGCCCUGGGAUAUUAUAGCAAAUUAUUUGUAUGAUUAAUGAAAAUAAAACACACCUCGUGGCA